ACCAAUUGAUUGACAAAUUAAUCCACGCUGCCGAUAAAUAUAGAACCCACAUUAGAGUUUCUCUCCACCAACUCCACCCACUAAAUAAAGAAUAAAGAAUACAUAACUUAACAAUAUCUCAUGGCUGCUGCUCCUCAACAACCAACUUUAUCUGAAACAAUAACCACCAACUCGUCAUCGGAAAACAAAGUUACGAUCAACGAAAAGAUAUACACAAGAGUCCGUCUCGCUGAGAAAGCUGACGUUCACCAUAUACAUCAACUGUUUUACCAAAUCCAUGCAUACCAUAACGACACUCAUCUCUAUAAAGCUACUGAAUCCUCCUUAGCGGACUUGCUCUUUAAAGAAAACCCUCUUCCCCUGUACUACGGUCCAACCGUGCUUCUACUCGAAGUCUCACCAACCCCUUUUACCGAAUCCAAGCAUACCACGGACCAAGGGUUUAAGCCAGUCCUUACAAAGUUCGACCUUAAAUUCCCCGUCGUUGAAGGACAGGCGGAGGAAUUCAGGUCCAAAUAUGAUGACGGCAACGACAAACAUGAUGUUUUUAUAGCGGGAUAUGCUUUCUUUUUCGCAAAUUAUUCGUGCUUCUAUGAUAAACCUGGGUUCUUUUUCGAGAGUCUUUACUUCAGGGAAAGUUAUCGUAAGUUGGGAAUGGGAAGACUGUUGUUUGGAACUGUUGUGUCCAUUGCUGCUAACAACGGGUUCGUUUCGGUGGAGGGAAUAGUUGCUGUUUGGAAUAAGAAGUCUUAUGAUUUUUACAUAGACAUGGGAGUUGAAAUGCUUGAUGAGUUCAGGUAUGGGAAGUUGCACGGUGAAGCGCUCCAAAAGUAUGCUGAUAAGGAGAAAAGUGAUGAAGGGGGCUGUUAGUUUUUUUUUUCUUUUUUUAAUUCUUCUAUCAUGACCUUAAGUUCCUAUCAAUUUCUUCUUAUUUACUUCUGUAAAAGUAGAUUGUUCAGUCAUCAGUGUGUAUUGUAUUAUUUUUUAU